UACCAUCCACACAGCACAGCACAGCGACCAUCCAACCUAUCUGCUGUAUACGUUCAUGCCUCCAGAGGACUGCUGAAAUCCUCUGCGCCCCCCGAACACACUAUCACAUCAUCAUACCACGCCCCCGCAAUCCCGGAGCCAGGAAUUGCUAAUCCCAGGAUGUCCGCGAGUCCGAGCCCGCGUCCUCUGACCGACGCCGCGGCGGGAUCUGCUCGACCGGCUGAGGAGACGAGAGACGACACAACACAUCACGCUGAAGCGGAAGGGAAGGAGUCGGGGAUAGACACACGCGACGAAAUACCCGAAGAAAGAGAAGAGGGGGAACAAGAAGAAGAAGAAGAAGAAGGAGAAGAGAAAAAAGAAGAAGAAGAAGAAGAAGAAGAAGAAGAAAAGGAAGAGGGCGAAGAGGAAGAGGAGGAAAGAGAGGAAUCCACAUCAGCGCCGCCGUUACCCGAUGAAGUCCCCCCACCGCUCCCCAACGAGGCGCCGCCGCGCGAGGACGACGGCUGGGAACCCGUCUGGGAUGCCGGCGCCCAGGCGUACUACUUCUACAACCGGCUGACGGGGGUGUCGCAGUGGGAGAACCCGCGGGUGCCGGUGGAGGCGGAUCGCAAGGGUGACAUUGACGCGAGAGAAGGAGAGGCCGAGACAGAGGAAGGGGAGGCAGACGAGGCCGAUCAGCCCGGGCCAGUGGUGGGUGGCUACAACCCCGCCAUUCACGGGGAUUACGAUCCGACGGCACCGUACGCGCAGCAGUACGAGCAGCAGUACCAGCAGCCGUCUGGGGCCGCAGCGAUGGACCCGGGCACGGCGUAUCAGGCGGUUGGGGCGUUCAACCGCUUCACGGGCCGGUGGCAGGCGGAGUCGCAGAACCCGGACUAUCACAAUGAUGAGAACAAGUCGCGGCGGCAGAUGAACGCGUUUUUCGAUGUGGAUGCGGCGGCCAAUAGCCACGACGGGCGGAGUCUGCGGGCGGAGCGCAGCGCCAAGAAGCUCACUGGUUUACAGCAAUUAUUGACUGGUCACAGUACAACGUACGGUACAUAUGAUGGUAGUGAUGGUACUGGUAGUGGUGGAAACCCCCCGGAUUGGGAGAUCCACCCGAUGUCACCUGACCGGGCAUCAAAGUUCUCCAUCGUCAAGUCGGAUGGCAAAGAGGACCAGCCAUUAACGAGUCACGCAUAUACAUAA